AUUAGAUACUUCGUCAGCUGUUCUAGGGUAUAUUUUUUCAUUUUUUGUCACUUAUUAUGGAAACAAUAAAACUCUGAAACAUACACAAUGUGCAUUAGGCAUACAUAUAUAGGCAUAUAUAGCUAAAGGCUUGAUAGUGUAAUUAUUAAAAUAUUAUACUCUAAACAUGGACAUGGGUCACGGUAAUCGAUUUUGUAUAUUAUAAAACCCCCGACCUUUCAAGUUUACGGUAUCAUUUCAACGUCGACUCAAAAACCAUACUCGAGUAUAUGUACUGUCAAUAUUGAAAUAAUCGUUUGUGAAUUGCAGCUCAAGACAAUUUUCGAAGAUAUUUUUAGAAGAAAAAAUGACCUUCAGGUACGUGAGGCUGAUGGUGUCUGUGAUGGCACUGGCCACACACUUGCUGGCCGCGCCGUCCUCCAGACCGCAGCCGCAGACGGUCAAGUCGACCGAGGACCAGACGGUCCGGAACACGCUACUCGAACUGGUCGGGGCCCUAAUGAUCGGUGGUGCCUCGGUGGGCGGCCGGAAAACGGAAGUGCACCACCACAACGACGGCCAAAGUCACAAGCCGCAACACCACCAAGCUAUUUCCACGCUAAUCCAUCUGCUGUUGACCAUCGGCAGCGCGUUCGCCCCGCUGGUGGGCGCCAUCGUCGGGCCGCUGUUGACCAACGUCGCUAACGGGAUAACGUGGGCCAUAUCGCAUACCAUUGCUUCCGGAUUUUCACCUCCACACGGAUUGUUUUCACCGGAACUCGGCCAUGGAACCGAUCACAUCAAAGAACACCUGACGUCUUACGCUGUCGAAGGUCAACCCGAAACGGGGUCCGACGCGAUUCAUCAAGUACAGCAACCCGCGGCCGUCUUGGAACAGUCCGAACCCGCGACGGUCGAUGACACCAGAAACGAAGUGAAGAAAAUAGUAUGACGAUCCGCCGCAGACGAAUACAUUACAUAUUAUAUAUGAUCAUGACGACCACGAUUUCUUAUUUUUUUUAUAAGUACAUAAUAUUAUAGUUUUGUUCGCCGCGAUUGCAGUUUAAUUUAUUUUAUACAUUAUUAUUUAUAUAUUAUUGUCCGUUGAACCCUAUCUAUACGAUGGAACAAAUACCUAACAAUAAAUCAUUAAUCAUUA